AUGCUAGAUGCCGAACACUCACCUGCAGGAACAACCUCUAGUUCCAAUGAGUAUGGCGCAGCAGUAACUUCAAUGGUAGAGCCUUCAUUUUACGAUCAGCUAAUGGCGGUCAUGAAAGCAGAAAUUCCUGAAGUAACCAAGAAAGCGAUUAUCGAUAAAUUGAUAAAUUAUGCUAAGGCUACAACAGACACGUCUAAAUUUAAGACAAAGGAAGAGAUAUUCGAGGAAGAUUUCAGAUCAAUUAAGGAUGAUCUUCACGCUUUCAAAACGAAGAUCUCAGGUUUUUCCGAAAAUAAAAUGAUAAUGAAGACUUGGGCUCAUAAUAUUCGCUUGAGAGUGCCUCUUCCAAAAAGAUUUAAGGGUAACCAGGCGAUACGCCUUUUGAGUGAGGUUUUAAAUGAUUAUGCACAAACCUGGUUCUUGGAUAAGUUUCUGGAUCGAGAAAACUAUGCAAAAAAAGAUUUUAACUUCUUUCUGAACGAGAUUGUUCGAAAGUUCGAAGUGUAUGAUAAACCAGCGGUACCUAACAGAAAACUGCUUUGA